UGCACUGGAAGCAGCUGAAAUCAGCGGGAUGGGGUGCAGGCAGCAGGGGUGGCAGCAGCCCCUGCAUGUGCGCGGGCAGGAGGCCAAGCCGGGGUGACGAGAGAACAAAACUCCCUUUCCAUCUGUGAGGAGCCAUCAGAGCGAUGACAGGAGACGUCCCCAGCAGAGACAUCCCUGCCUAUCAGCGCCCCGGCCCUGCGGGGAGGGUCGGGAGGAGGAGACGGGGAUGUGUUUGCUCCGUGGUGUUUGCUGUUGUGGUUUUGUUCCCUUUCAUUUGGUGCCAAAAGAUUGACGCUGAUGUUUUUGGGAGCGAUUCCCGGGGCCGCGCGGGUGCCAAGCGUGCUGGAUGCACAUCUGGCCCGAGCUAUUCCUGAGCUCCCAGGUGGAAAACAGCAGGAUUUCCUCCCAAAGCACCAGCUUGGUGCAGCUGAAGCCUCGUGGCCCCAUGCACAGCCCCAACUCAUGCAUCAAGACCUUGCAAACUCGUGUCCCUGCUGCUCUCUUCACCGAUGGCAUCACCAACAAGCUCGUGGCCUGCUACACGGAUGAAGGGAUGGUGGACGCGGUGCUGGUCCGUGUCUAUGGCAGGAAAACGGAGCUCUUUGUGGACAGGGACACGGAGCUGAGGAACUUCCAGGUGCUGCGUGCCCAUGGCUGCGCCCCCGACCUCUACUGCGCCUUCCAGAAUGGGCUCUGCUACCAGUUCCUACCGGGAAUCGCACUGGGGCCCGACCACGUGCGGGAACCCCGCAUCUUCAGGCUGGUGGCGCAGGAGAUGGCCCGGGUACACGCCAUCCACGCCAAUGGGAGCCUCCCCAAGCCCAUCCUCUGGCAGAAGCUGCACAAAUACCUCACCCUCGUGAAGACGGAUCUCAGCCCAAAGGUAUCCAACCCCAGCCUCCAGCAGGAUGUGCCCAGCCUGGAGGUGCUGGAACAGGAGCUGGCCUGGAUGAAGGGAACUCUCCCCCAGCUGGGGUCCCCCGUUGUGCUUUGCCACAAUGACCUCCUCUGCAAGAACAUCAUCUAUGAUGGGACACAAGGGCAUGUUCGCUUCAUAGACUACGAAUACACCGGCUACAACUACCAGGCUUUCGACAUUGGAAACCACUUCAAUGAGUUUGCAGGUGUGAAGGAGGUGGAUUACAGCCUCUACCCCAGCAAGGACACCCAGCUCCAGUGGCUGCGCUCCUACCUGCAGGCCUACAAGCAGCUCACCCAGGGAGACCAAGGGGUGUCCGAGGAGGAGCUGGAGGCUCUCUACGUGCAAGUGAACAAGUUUUCUUUGGCAUCCCAUUUCCUCUGGGCAUGCUGGGGCCUGAUCCAGGAUAAGUACUCUACCAUAGACUUUAACUUCUUAAGAUAUGCAAAGCUAAGGUUUAAACAGUACUUCAAGAUGAAGCCGGUGGUCACAGCCCUGCAGGUCUCUAAAUAGCACCUCCAGCCUCUGAGACCCUGAGCUAUUUUGUCCUUGCUGCAUCCACAGCCCUCGCAUCCCCCUCGCCCCAUUCCCAGCCCAGCCGGGGAGCGAGGGCAGGUCCGGAUGGUGGGAAGGGGGAAGAGAGGAGAGCUCAGCCCCACAGCCACCGAUGAAAGGAGACCCUGGGCAUUGCCGAGACUGGACCAUGAGAUGCUAAGAGAGGACCACGGCCUCGGAGAGGCCCCUGUCUACGUGAGGAAGCCUUUGCCAUCGCCUUAACGUCGAGCCCCGGUGCUUGGCAGGUCCGUGCCUUGCUGGCACCGCUGCUGCUCCGCCUGGCACCUGGUUUGCUCCCUCUGUGCUGCCCCCGAGGGGGGGAAACGGGUCCCCCCCAUCUGCUCAGGAGUCCCCAGAGCUGCCCAGUUGCUUUUGCUGCCCAAUGCACCCGCUUUGCCUUCACUGCUCCCCUUGUCCCCAUUGCCCUGCCUGCUCGGUGCCACUGGGGCUCCCAGCCCCAAAGCAGCCCCUCUGCUGGGUCAAACUGAUCCUGUCUCUGAGCGUAGGACCCUUUAUCAUAGCCCCAGCCAUGAGCUACAUGGGCUUGGGACCAACCAGUGUGAUUUUGCUGGUGGGUGCCUGCACCCUCUGUUGUGCUCUGCUUUUGCUCCCAGACUGCCAUCAGCUUCAUGGCUUCCCUUGUAGCAUCCCAGCUCUGCUUUCCCCAUCCUGCCCCUCACACGUGCAUCAUCCCUGUGGUGCCCAUGUGAGGGGCAGGUUGAACAGAGCUCAUCCAUUCCAUGAGCUGGGCACUUCAUCCCCUCCCAGUGCCAUCAUGGGUGAGCCUGGCCUGCUGAGCACUGUCCAGCUCAUGACUGUGGUUGUGCAUCAGCUGGGGGAGUGGAACUGGACCUCUCUGCCCCUACCUUGGCUGCUCAGCAAGUGGUAUGGGGACAAGGAGCCGGUCCCCUCCGUGCAGGCACCCACCUGAGCAAGAACCAGGACUCUUGUUGCAUCUGGUGUUUUGUCUUGGUGCAAAAUAAAAGCUGCUGGUAGCUGGAAA